AUGACCAACCCACUGGAGGCCGUUACCGCUACCGCUAAUGCUGUGUUUCGCCGCACAGGUGACAUGGUGGAACACCUGCUUGGCCAAGCAUUACAAUUGAAUGGUGCUGAUGCCAAGCACAUCCCAAUUGCAAUCGAGAUGGAAAAAGAACUGGCAAACUCAUGUAUUCACAGUCUGCAGAGCUGCAUGAACACCUGGACAGCUCCUUUUGCAAGGUUGUCACGAUGCUGGUCUGGGCCAAUGUACAUCCAGAAGAUCCUCGCAGCAAGCAGAGCCCCCUCUAUCCACUCUCUGUUGGCUAUGGGCAAGCGCUGGCUGCAGCGGCAGGGCCCUCUGAGGUAA